AAAUAAAUAGAAACACUUUGUACUUUGGUCUUAAUGGACUCAAUUCAAUUUUUUGCGAAAAAUUAACGCAUUAAAAUGCCGCUAAAGGGAAUAAAAGUUGUUGAAUUUGUUGGUUUGGCGCCCGGGCCAUUUUGCGGAAAGAUUUUAGCGGAUUUUGGAGCUCUCGUGACCAGAAUUGACAAAUCGCCCGUGAAUCAAAUUGAUAUUUUCAAAGAAGGCAAGCGAACGAUCGCAUUGAAUUUGAAGCAAAAGAAGGCGCAGGAAAUUGCACAGAAAAUUUGUGUGGCUUCGGAUGUUGUGAUUGAACCGUUUCGCCCGGGAGUCAUGGAACGUCUCGGAUUGGGACCAAAAGUGCUUUUGAACAGGAAUGAAAGGUUAAUUUACGCGAGAUUGACGGGAUUUGGGCAACAUGGGAGUUUGGCGCAACGAGCGGGACACGAUAUUAAUUACGUAGCGUUAUCAGGUCUCCUUUCAAUGUUGGGAAGAAAGACAGAAAAUCCGAUCGCUCCCGUUAAUUUCAUGGCUGACAUGGCAGGCGGAUCUCUAAUGUGCGCUUUUGGCAUCUUAAUGGCUCUAUUUGAACGUGAAAAAUCCGGAAAAGGUCAAAUAAUCGACGCUGCAAUGGUAGAUGGCACCGCAUACAUCGGAAGUUGGUUAAUGAAAGCUUCAGAGCUUCCCAUGAAAAUGUGCAGCUCCGAAACACGAGGCGAGAACAUUUUAGACUCAGGCUACCAUUUUUACGACACAUACGAAACCAAAGACGGAAAAUUCAUGUCAGUUGGCGCAAUUGAACCGCAAUUUUACGAAGAAUUAAUAAAAUUUUUGAAAUCGGAAAAUUUGGAUCAAUAUUCGGACAACGAGGCACUUCGAAAGAUCUUUACGAAAAAAUUUCUCGAAAAAACUCAAAGUGAAUGGACAGAAAUCUUCGAUAAAAUCGAUGCCUGUGUCUUUCCCGUGUUAAGUCCCGAAGAAGCAAGAAGUCAUCCUCAUAAUAAAGCAAGAAAUGCCUUCGUCGGAGAAGAAAAUUCGACAGUUAUUGUGAAUCCGGCGCCAAAACUUAGCAGAACGCCGGGAGUUUUAGCCAAAAAUCGUGAAAAUGUUAAAAAUUGUCUCGUUGCUCAAACUCUUGAAAUUUUGAAAGAAGUUGGAAUUGAGAAAAAUGAUGUUAAUGAGUUGUUGAAGAAUGAUGUCGUUAGAUUAGAAGCUGGAAGUAAACUUUAAUUCAUAGUUUUUAAGAAAAAAAAAAAUUAGGUGUUGAGGAAAAAAAUAUUUUUUAAUAAAAAAUUUUUUA